AUGGCUUUGAUCACCGCUUGUAGACAACAGUUCCGGAGGUAUUUCAACUUCAAGCGGACUCACGUCAACAGAUAUGCCGUUAAUUAUUUGUUUGUCUCCACUUUCGAGACACAUGUCCACAGAAAUUGGGUUAAAGAAACUGAUAAACCCUUUAGUAUUCGUAGCGUUAAACCAAAUCUUCUUAAUUGUGCCGGUUUGUCGACUGAAUCGAUGGCUAGCCAUGGAUUGCGGAUCUACUCUGGGAUACAGCCCACGGGUUCACUACAUUUGGGCAAUUAUUUGGGAGCUAUUCGUCAGUGGAUUGCCUAUGAGUCGGAUCCCAGUGUCCGACAGACCGUCUUCUCUGUGGCAGAUCUGCACUCUUUGACUACAAUCCAAAACAAACAACACAUCUCUCGUAAUAUCAAAGUAAUGAUGGCUUCACUCAUUGGCUGUGGUUUAGAUCCCAAACGAUCCAUAAUAUACAGGCAGUCAGACAUACCAUUUCACGGCCAGUUGUGUUGGAUUUUGUCCACUUUGGCCACAAUGCCUCAACUCUACAGAUUUGCACAGUUUAAGGCAUUUAUUGUUCAAAUAGACAAAAGCCAAGGCAUGAAAGACAUACCACUCGGUCUAUACUUAUACCCUGUGCUACAGGUGGCAGACAUUCUGCUAUUCAAGUCGACAGCUGUUCCGGUGGGCGACGACCAGUUACCGCACCUGCAAUUUGCCCGCCAUUUAGCGCAUCGAUUCAACUCUACAUUCGGUGACACAUUUGUGGAACCGACAGCUAUUAGUCCGGCACUGACUGGUCGUAUACGAAGUCUACGGAUUGUUGACAAGAAAAUGUCAAAAUCAGAAGCGAGUGAAAAGUCUAGAAUAGAAAUGACUGACAGUUCGGAUCUAAUUCGGGAAAAAAUACGUAAAGCUGUGACUGAUAUGCGAUCUGAAGUGACUUAUGAACCGGAGAGCCGUCCGGGAGUCAGUAAUUUAGUGACCAUUUAUUCGCUUAUUAGUGGUCUGACGCCCGACGAAGUGUGUCGUCAAAAUGUGGGCCUAAAUACCGGUCAAUUCAAACUAGUUUUAAGCGAUUUAGUGAUCCAACACUUGAAACCUAUCAGAGAAAACAUCUUAAGAUUAAUGGACGACGAGUUGUAUUUGGAACAAGUGCUCAAUGAAGGACACGAUCGGGCCUUAAGUAUUGCUCAGCAGACAAUGUGUGAAGUGAAUGAUGCCAUUGGCUCUAAAUCC